AUGGCGACGACCAAAAACAGUGUGGUUAUUGAACAACACCCUUCGGAUGAUGAGAGUCCACGCGUUACAAAAAGCCGAGGAUGGGAAAACUCAAUUUUAUCAAAACUCUGCAAUGACAGGGAGCGUCUGGUGGUUCUUAAAAUUGAUUUCCUGCUGUUGACAUGGGCGUUUGUUUCUGGUUUGACCAAGGACAUGGACCAGUCUGCAACUACUCAGGCAUACGUUUCAGGAAUGAAGGAGUCCCUCAGUCUUUAUGGCAAUGAACUCGUGGAAUUCACAACAUUCUUUUCUAUCGGAUACGCUAUAGCAAUCGUGCCUUCGCAGCUGACGCAAACGAAGAUUAGGCCAUCUGUAUGGCUUCCAACCUGCGAAAUUAUUUGGGGUGCAUUGAAUCUGGCCAGUACAUUUGCCGCAAAGAAUGCAAGAACAGUAUAUGCAUUGAGAUUCUUUUUGGGGGUCUUCGAGUCCACCUCUUGGCCGGGCCUUGCCAGUCUGCUGUUCAACUGGUGUAUGUCAAAGGAUAUCGCAUUCGUAUCUCUGUUUCAAACUAAAAAGAAGUCUAGAUACUCCCCAGGAACUGGGAACACGCCUGGCAAUCUUCGGUGUCAGUGGCACGGCAGGCAAUAUGUUCCUUGGAAUUUUACAGGCAGCCUUAUACAAGAAUCUAGACGGCGCAGGCGGACUACAAGGAUGGCAAUGGCUGUUCAUUGUCACGGGUUGUAUAACGAUGGCAUGGGGCAUCCUUGGCCUGUUCAUUAUCCCCGAUUCUCCAAGUAUUACCCGGGCGUAUGGUUAACAAAACAGGAACGCAUAAUUGCUGUAGACCGCAUGGCGAGCCAUGGGAUUAAGACGAACGAACUUGUCAAUCGAAAAGUUGUUCUUGAGAAAAUUCGUGCUCUCCUAAAAACCCCACUGAGUUGGCUCUAUAUCGCUGCAUAUCUUCAGUAUGCAUGGAGUCAGAGGUGCAACUCAUAUUUCCUGCUAUACCUAAAGGGCCUAAAAAAUGAUAAUGGUGAACAGCUAUAUAGCACGUACACUGUCAACCUCAUUCCAUUGGGCGGAUACGCAAUUUCUAUCGUCACCAAUGUCGGUUUCAAUUAUCUGAGUGACAAGAAGCAAUGGCGAUGGCAAGUGGCCGUCUCUACAGCGCUGCUGCAAGUCCUCUGCUGUUCUGUCUUAUCCGCCUGGCCCGAUUCCACACCGACAGUCAUGGCCUUCUACUUCAUGACCUUUGCUACCAGUGGGUGGGGGUAUGCACUACUAGCUUGGAUCGGCGAGAUCCUUCGCAAAGAGCCCGAAGUCCGAUCAAUUCUCGUAGCUCUAACUGUUACGCUUGUGUACGUCGGCCAUGCGACAAUUCCACUUCGUAUUUGGAGAACGUCAGAUAGUCCGCGGUAUCCUAUUGGGUUCCCGUUGUCGGCUGCUUGGGCAGCUGGGAGUAUUGUUUCAAUGAUGGGGAUCGAAUUUUACAUCAGGAGGCACCAGGAAAUUCUGGAGAAUGGUCUUAGUGGGGUUCCACUGGAAGAGGAUCAGAGAUCAGCUAGGGAUAUCUUAAAGGAUACUUGA